AUGGAUUUCUCGUCCAGUUUGGCCGACAAACUGCCCUCCAAAAGGGUCAGUAGCAACUCACUUGAUAGCAACUCCAAGAGCAGUUCGCUAGGCUCUAAGUAUGAUGGCGGGGAGAACGGCGUUUUGCGGGACACGCCCUUUGUUUACCUGGUCGGUGAGGAGGAUCAGGACCACAAAAAUGACGUGACCUACGUCUGUCCCUACCGCGGUCCCGUGUUUGGGGCUCUGACCAUCACCAACUACCGAUUGUUCUUCCGGUCGCUUCCUAUGCGGGAACAGGAGCCACCCUUGGUCGUUGAUGUCCCCUUGGGCGUGAUCGCUCGCGUGGAGAAGAUUGGUGGUGCUACAUCGCGGGGCGAAAACUCUUAUGGCAUUGAGAUCUUUUGUAAAGACAUGCGUAACCUGCGCUUUGCCCACAAGCAGCAGAAUCACUCUCGCAGGUCAGUCUUUGAGAAAUUGCAAGCAAAUGCUUUUCCGCUUUCGUACAGUGGUCGCCUCUUCGCCUUCGCCCAUGCAGCGGGAAACACGCUGAAUGGACAUGGUGGUUGCGAUGGAUGGGCGGUGUAUGAACCUCUGGCGGAGCUCCGGCGCUUGGGUGUUCCCAAUGAAAUGUGGCGGGCUACCAGGCUAAAUGAGACCUACACCAUCUGCGACAGCUAUCCGGCCGUGUGGGCUGUGCCUAAGGCGGCAUCCGAUGAUUUUCUUAGGCGCGUGGCUACAUUUCGCUCGCGUUGCCGCCUACCGGUGUUGUCCUGGAUGAACCCCAGGACCCAGGCAACCAUAACGCGGUGCUCCCAGCCCCUGGUGGGCGUGAGUGGCAAGCGAAAUUCUGACGAUGAGACGUACCUUAGUUUUAUCAUGGAGGCAAACGCCCAGUCGGACAAGUUGACAAUCAUGGACGCGCGGCCAAGCGCCAAUGCGAUCGCCAACAAGGCUAAGGGCGGAGGCUACGAGUCUGAGGACGCUUACAAGAACGUAGAAAUAAAUUUCCUAGACAUCCACAACAUCCACGUGAUGCGGGAAAGCCUGCGCAAGGUUAAGGAGGCUUGUUUUCCCACAACCGAUGAUUCCAAGUGGCAGACGGCUAUCGACAACACUCUGUGGUUGAAGCACAUCAGGUGCAUCCUAGCCGGAGCGGUCAGAAUCGUGGAUAAGGUGGAGACCAUGAGCACCUCUGUUGUGGUGCACUGCUCUGACGGCUGGGAUCGUACAGCACAGCUGACGGCUCUUUCCAUGCUGUUGCUUGACCCUUAUUAUCGUACUGUGCGCGGCUUCGAGGUGCUCAUCGAGAAGGAAUGGAUGUCCUUUGGCCACAAGUUUCAGCAACGGAUUGGACACGGCGACAACAAGCAUUCCGAUGCAGACAGGUCACCAGUCUUCCUGCAAUUCAUCGACAGCGUGUGGCAGGUUAUCCAUCAGUUUAACAAUGCUUUUGAGUUUAAUGAGCAUUUCUUGAUUUCUAUUGUGGAUCACUUGUACUCCUGCCGCUUCGGUACCUUCCUUUGCAACACGGAGGCCGAGCGCGUGACCGAAGAUUUAAAGCAUAGAACAACAUCCCUGUGGACACACAUAAAUUCCUCGCUGGAUCAAUACUUAAAUCCAUUAUUUCCCUCAUUCACGCAGGGGGCUGAGCUGGUGCUGCGCCCCAUCGCUAGCGUGCGGUCGGUCCGCCUGUGGAAGGGGCUAUACUGUCGCUGGAAUCCUGGUCUAUGCGCCCCGCAGCAUGGUUGCCAGCGAACGCGCGAGCUGCUCUCCAAGCAGGACCAGCUCUUCAAACUCGUCAGCGAGCUGCGUCUAAAGUCCAACAGCAGUAGCAAUAGCAUGCAAACAACUACGCGAUUGGCCUCACCUCUGCACUAAUAGUGUUUCAGUAUUUGUUUUAUUUCACAGCAUAAGUAUUGUAAACUGUGGAGUAAUUUAUAAACUAAAGUGUAAAAGGGUUUACUAGAUUCGUUGACAUUUUUUAAGAUUUUGAAAAAGUAUCUAUCUUCAUGCCCAAAAUGUUUAGAAUCAGACCAUCCCUUAAAAAGUUAUCAGAAAAUGAAUCGCCACUAGGUUGUGCUUUUGGAGAUGUAGGGAUGUGCAAUUGUUGCUUUCUUAUUUCAUACCAUAUACUGAGUUACCAUACUUGGUUUUCCCUAAACUGUUGAAUUCUUAAAAGUUCAACAAAAAGUUUCAGCGAUCGAACUACCGAUUCUAAAUGGUCGAAUUUCGUGUUUUCAAAUACCUUUGGACAGAUACCAAAUUUUAAAUGAACAAAUUUUUUUUAAAUACGUUAAAAUAAAAUAAAAACUUUAUAUUCGAUUUCUACUACGAACGCAUUAUGCAGCAAGUAGCGCUUUUUACUAUCUUUGGUGCUUUUUAACACAAAAUCUUGGAUGUACUUUAAACAUAAACAUCAAAGCACAACAUACUACACCUAUGGUAGCACUUUAACAUUAUUUAAAAAAAAAGCACUUUAAAAAAAACAAAUAUCAAAUCGAUCGCGGCUCACAAUUCAAACAGCCUGGUGCUCUCUACUAAUAACUCAAACAGAAUGCACUACUCUUUUUGUUUUCUCUUCGCUGUUGGCACGUGCUACUGCAGCAAUGUAUAACCUUAUUACUCCUUAGGUGAAAAAUACAAAAGGAAUUUUAAAAAAAUGCUAAUAUAAAAAUUUGUAAAUAUUUAUGUAAAUACGGACCAAAUUUGGUAACACUCCCCCGAAAUUCUCGGAAAAAUUAUUCCAAUGGACUGCGAUUUCUUAAGAAUUUACGUGCAAAAAGAACUGGCGGUCAGUCUUGGUUCUCUUGUAAUUGAAUUUCAUAUUUACCGGCUUUGCUAUAAAAAACAGUGGUUUUUCUCAUAUAAUUGAUCAAUGUAAUUAUAAUUUAAUGAGCUGCCAUAAAAUAAAAUUUUUUAUCAAGUCGUCAAGCACCCUGGCACUGUUUACUGGA